UGUCAUGUCAGCGUUGAGCUGAUGUUGUGGUUCGUGGCGCUGCUGCCUCCUAUUCCUCUUCUCCUCCCUGAGAGGAAGGAGACAGAAGAAGUCGUGACUCGACUGUCAGCGUGACGGUUGGCGACAGCAGAUAGCGGCCGUCGUCCGGGAGCGGAAGCAAUCCUGUCGUCUGAGGAGGCCGGGAGCUGUUGGGGGUGGGGGGUCGGUUGUUGAUAAACGGGGCUUUCCCCCCACCCCGGGGAGCACGCGCGUGGACUGGGACCCCCCGGCGACUGCAGCUGGCAACAUGUACAGAUUCCGAAAGUGGCUGUACAAGCCCAAGAGAUCAGACCCACAGCUGCUUGCCCAGUUCUACUAUGCAGAUGAAGAGCUAAAUCAGGUUGCAGCUGAAUUGGAUAACUUAGAUGGACGUAAAGACCCACAAAGAUGUACGCUGCUGGUCAACCAGUUUCGUUCCUGCCAGGAUAACGUGUUAAACAUAAUUAAUCAGAUCAUGCAGGAAUGCAUCCCAAAUGAACGGGCAAAUCGGGAUUUCUGUGUCAAGUUUCCAGAGGAAAUACGGCAUGAUAAUCUGGGAGGACAACUUUGGUUUGGAGCAGAGUGUUUAGCUGCUGGUUCAAUUAUCAUGAACCGAGAAAUAGAGAGCAUGGCAAUGCGACCUUUGGCCAAAGACUUAACCCGCAGCUUAGAAGAAGUGCGAAAUGUUUUCCGUGACCAGUGCCUGAGAGACUUGAAUGUCUAUACUGACAAAAUGAAGGAGUCCCUCAAACAAUUUGAUGGCUUGUUUGCAGAAUUUGAACUAUGUUAUGUCUCUGCGAUGGUACCUGUGAAAUCUCCUAAAGAAUACUAUGUACAGCAAGAAGUCAUUGUUCUCUUCUGUGAAACUGUUGAAAGGGCCUUAAAGCUUGGAUACCUCACACAAGAUUUGAUUGAUGACUACGAGCCAGCAUUAAUGUUUACAAUUCCUAGACUAGCUAUUGUCUGUGGUUUGUUGGUCUUCCCUGAGGGGCCAUUGAACUUGGAACGCAAGCUAGAAGAUAUGUCUGACCUGUUUAGACCAUUUCGCACACUGUUGCGAAAGAUCAGGGACUUACUACAGACAUUGACAGAAGAUGAGUUGCACACACUUGAACGUAACCUGUGUAUAUCCCAGGAUGGUGAAUUUGCUGCUGAUCCAGAGGUACCCUCUCCCAUUCCUCCACCUGUGGUUCCUGAUAAACUCAUUCAAGAUAAAUUGUGUGUAAAAGCUGAAAAUACAGAGGCUGAACUUGCAUGUUCCAUGCAGUAUGAUGAGGAGGAGCUGGAGCAGCUUAAUUUAAUGGUACACAGGGUAGGGGAUGAAAUGUCCUGCCUGCUCUCUCCACCAAGUGUCUGCCAGUCACCAGCUCAUAAGACUGUACCAAAACAUAAUUGUAACCCAGAGGUCUCAACAAACCUCAAGCUCUCUGGUGCGAAACGUGAAGCUGAAGAAGAGGAACGGGUAUUUUUCAUGGAUGAUUUGGAUGGUGCAGGUGAGACCUUUGCGGGAAUGGACACUUCAAGGGAAUCACUCACUUUAGUUCAUGAUUCUUGUCCACCUGAUCAGGAAGACAUGUUGUCUCUUUCACAUGAUGAUGAAAGCAUGGGGAAGGAUAGUUGCAGUGAGCAAAAUUCAGAAGCAAAAGAGGUACUACACAAACCAAGCAAUAAUGAUUCACUACCUCUGCAAGGACAAGCCAAUCAAAAGAAAAAUAACACAGCAGAAAUGUAUUGUAACUGUUUGGAUGCAUCUGAAUCCAGUUCUUACCUCAACGGUUGGACUGCAGGUACUGAUGUACAACCAAGUGAAACUGCAGAAAAAAUAGCACAUAGGACUGGUGGAAUGAAAAUUUCUGCAACUGUUAUCUUUAACCCCAAAUCUCAGUCCAUCUCUUGCUCCUCUGAAGCUGAGAGUAUAAUAAAUUGUGACUCAGUCUGCUGUCAGGUUCCUUCAGAUGACUCCCCGAAGCUAUGCCCUGCUGACAUGAAAAAUGGAGUAAAUCAUUGUGUUCACCUCACUGUUACUCCGGAUGAUAGAGUUGACAACAGCUCUGAACCAGUGGAGGUCAGUUCAUUGGAAGAGACUGUAGAUGUUGCGGAUUCUAGUUUUCUUAAAGGAGAGGGUCAGCCACAUAAAAGUAACAGUGGAUCACCUUCACAGGAGAGGACAGAGAGUGACAGUCCAGGUGAAUCAUGGACAGAAAGAGCCAUCAGCAAACGGGAGCACAAAACCUCAAAAUGCAAGUGCCUGGCACAGUCCUCAGGAAAACAGACAGAAAGAGGAGGGCAACAAACAAAAGUGGAAGUAUAUUGCCAGCAGCGAAAGAUGGAAAAGAGGAAGCAGUCAGUUGGAGGGAAGGCGAGUAAAGAAGAAGCACACAUUAAAGGCAGUGUGGUAAAAGAUGAAUCAGAGGAAGAUGGGAAAGUACAAACUGUUUCUCACCUGUCAGAGGGCCACAGAACUAAGCAGAGUUCUCAAGAUCCCAUCCAAGAUUCUCCCAUCAGCUCUGUAUCCAGCAGUGAUUGUGAAAGUGUUUCUGUCACAACUUGUAGUCUUUCCAGCACGUAUACUCCAAGCCCUGUUGGCAGUCUCACAAGUUCUUACACUUCCGAGGAUGUAGAUCAAGAGGAAAUCCAACUGGCACUUUUGGCUGCCAAAGUUGCUACGAGAGAAAAGAUUCGAGCCCGUUUCCAUAGCAGCAAUGAUCUUAUUCACAGGCUUUUCGUGUGUAUUGCAGGUGUUGCUGAUCAGCUACAGACUAACUAUGCAAGUGACCUGCGAAGCAUUCUUAAAACCCUAUUCGAGGUCAUGGCGACCAAGUUACAAUAUGAAGGCAGCAGGAUAGAAAAGAAAGGUGACCAGACAUUGAGAAGUCCUGCACUUGAAGAUUGUGCUUUAUGCCGGGAAAGUGUGUCUGCCUCUGAACUGGCUGACAAGGCAAGAGAUGAGGACCUUGAAGAUCCUCCAGAAUGGGUUCCAGAUGAAGUCUGUAGUUACUGUACCGCAUGCAAGGCACCAUUCACUGUGAUUCGAAGAAAGCAUCAUUGUAGAAGCUGUGGAAAGAUCUUCUGCUCACGUUGCUCUUCUCAUUCUGCUCCCUUACCUCGAUACGGCCAGAUGAAACCAGUCCGGGUCUGCACACAUUGCUACAUGUUCCAUGUGACGCCCUUCUACAGUGACAAACCAAGCAUCUGAUAACUGCUGAGUGAACUGCCUGGUUCUGGCACGUAUGAACUAGCUCAAUAUGGUCGCAACUGAUGUUGGAUGCCGGCAGUGAGAUGUGUUGGCAUUGUUUGUUUUUAGUUAGAAUGGAAAUUUGGAUAAGCCAUUCUUAGAGCCAAUGAGGUAGUUCUGGGAGAAGCAGCAACUCCAAGUAGAAAUUUUUGUACUGACCUUUUUAAAUGCAUUUUGAUAAUGAGCUGCUGAAAGGAAGUGCGGAGCUUCUUUUGCUGUUCCACUGUAGUAUGGUCUUCCACAAAUUUGUAUUGAAAUUAUAAAAGUAUCCUAAACUGAAGGAAGGCACAUGCAGGGGUGGUGAGGUGGGUUUGAGGGGGGUGCUCAUGGUGGAAGAAGAACGCUGUCUGAAGGGCUUGCAAUACUUGAUGACCUUAUGUUUCUGUGUCGCAUAAUCAUAAUGGUUUAAAUGUUGGGUGAAGUUCAUCUGAUCAGAACAGAAAUUUUCCAGAUCUUUAUUUGAGAUGAGCAAAGAUUCUUUUCAAAUUCUAUUUGUAUUGAUUAAGCAAAGUCAGUCAUUGUCUGUCAUGCAACAUCAAUGCCACUGUUAAAGUUGCUUUGAGCAAAAAUCACCCACCUUGAAUGCAGUGACACAAGAUUUGUACAGUUUUCUUUUUGACAUUUUAUCUCAUGUUUUUACAGCCAAUUUAGAUCUCUUACUGUUGAGGAGCAAGUGAUGAUAUUGCCUCCUGUGUGUUGAUGUGGGCAGCAAGGUGACGAGUAGAUAUCCACACUAUAAAGUGCUCAAUCUCAGCUGUACUGUUGUGGAAAUGUUGGGCCAACAGACACCAACUCAUUCACGGAGGGAUGAGAGGGCAUCUAGAUCUUGGGUGAUUUGCUCAAUGACGGCUGCUGCAUUCACGUUUGGGAAAGGAGAGCAUUCCAGUGUGUUCAAGAGUUUGGAAUUGUAUAUAAAUAAGUUUGUGUGGCUGCAAUGGGAAGUCUUGGGCAGGCUUCUUGCCAAAUAUAUUUUUUCUUUAAAGGUGACAAGACCAUUUGUGAGACACAUACUGAACUGAACCAACCAGCUGAUAAACUUAGUAAUCAAAUCUGUGAUGACCACAUGUGAGCAUGCUAAAGUUCAAAUUCCCUCCUCACAUACUGAAAGUCGUCAUCACAUUUCACUCUGAAGAUUUUUUUUCUCAGCCAGAUACAGUCUGUGGUCAUUGAUUCAGUAACUCAGCCAAGUAUUUACUCUUCAUUUGUAAAGGGAUACCAAAUGUUCACUCCUCCUCAUCCCUACUUCUAGAGUGAGAGAACAAUUGUUGCAUCCCUACUAUAGCUGCUACAGCCAAGAUCUAUAUAUAAGCCCUGGAACCCCUGCCUCCAUGUCUCAGGAGUACACUAGCCAGUGCCUUUGCCUAUAAGUAAUUCAAGUGUCAAUAAUCUGGGUGUUCAUUCAGUUCUGUUCCACAUACUUAACAACAAAUGAAUCUCCUUAAUAUCUAACUAUUUGAAGGAUACUCAGAUAACUGACUUGUCCGGAUUUUGUCAUCACCUGUCAAUGUACAACAAUCUCUCGUGGAAAAGCAUUGAUGUUAAAGAGGACAGGAUCACGGACAAUACCAGGGGUUAGGGGGACUACCUCACCAAGUGGAAGGAUAACCCACCAGUGGGAAACUAAGACUGGAAGUCGAGCUGGUUAGAAUACCAUAAAUACAUCAUUUGAUAUGUUGUAAUAUAAAUCCCUUCACCAAUUAAAUGUCUAACAACUACCUAUAUUCUAUAUUUAUACUAAUUUUUCCCACCACCCCAGACACCCAUUAUUUAUAUAUAGAUUCUCUAUCCUUACAAGUUAAAGGUCUCUGCUAAAGACUUACUAUCUUAUCAAUAAAAUACCCCAUGAAACUGAAGAUCUACAGUCUUGUCUGUCAUUGAAGAUCUGAAGAGACUCCAGUGUCAGGGCUGUGGUCAAGCAAGAGAUACCUUGAAUCCCUAAAAAUUUCAUAAGAUAGUCAUUCUGUUCAAACCAUUUUCCUCCCACUCCCAUUAUGAAACCAAAAUAGAAGGGUUCCACUCCUCCUCUAAACUCCUUGAAUUCUCAAUGUAAAUAACUGUAUUUCAACGCCUUUUCUGUUCAUGCUGUCUCCAAAGACUUGUUAUCAUCCUGGAACCUCACCAUCACGUUGACCACCGCAAUCUAUUUCUUCAUGAAAAUCAAAUCUGGUUUCCAGAUGUGACCUUUGUUGUCUGUAAGUCGUAUGUUGUCCAAUCAUAUUCCUCUAUAUACUGUUGUAAAUUUGGCAACAAUUUUAUUGUGCCUCUUCAUCCAUGUAUUCUUGAUGAAUAGGCAAAGACCUGAAAUGUGUAAUUGUGUUUCUAACAGGGACCUGCACAUUUUGCACUCUUUCCAGGCAUGUGGCCUAUCUCUGGAUAAUACAAUCCUUGUAGGGAACAAAUUACAGCAUAGCAACAAUCCAUUAAUCAGUCUUGAUGACUUAAUAUUAUGUGCUGGUCACAUCCAAGAGCUUGACACUGUAUCAUGUUUAAACUAACUGACCCUUGCUCCUUGGCUUUUAAUUCAAUCAGUUUAGCCAUCUCCCAGUAUCCAAAGAUGUGCAGGCUAGGUAGAUUGGCUACACUAAAUUACCCGUAGUGUCCAGGGAUAUGCAGGCUAGGAGGAUGAGCCAUGGGAA